AUGGUACCUUCUGCAGAGCUGGGUUUCAACCUGAGGCCUCUUCUGGAACAACUCAACCAGGAUGAGUUGAGCAAGCUCAAGUCUCUGCUGAGGACCCUUUCCCCCCAAGAUGAGUUACAGCACAUUCCCCAAACGGAGGUAGAAGAGGCCAACUGGGAACAACUGGCGGAAAUUCUCGCCACCCGCUGCCCCCGCCGCUGGGUAGAGAUGGUGACCAUCCAGGCCUUGGAGAAGAUUAGCCGAACAGAUCUGUCUAAGAGAGCAAAGGAUGAACUCCAAGGGCUCACACAAGUACCGGGCGAAGGUGUCACAAACCCCGAAGAAGUAAAAGAAAGGUUGGAAGGCGAAAAGCCAGGUGAAAAGGAUGAACACAGAAGGGCAGUGGAGACAUCCCGGCAAGUCUGGAAGGAACACUGUUGGCCGAAAAUCAGACCCCCUGUAUUCACCCAGAGAGGCGAGAGACUAAGACCUUUCUGCAACCCGAAAAUGCUCCCAGGGCCGUUUCCACAGACGCUGGUGCUGCACGGCCCCGCGGGAGUGGGCAAAACCACGCUGGCCAAGAAGUGGAUGCUCGAGUGGAGGCAGGACAGCCUCUCCAAGACGCUGCAGUCCGCCUUCUACCUCAGCUGCAAGGCGCUCACCCGCCAGGGGACGUGCACUUUCGCGGAGCUGAUAGCCAAGAGCAGGCCCGAGGUGCGGGAAGCCGAGGUCCUGGCCCAAGCGCAGAACGUCCUGUUCGUCGUCGACGGUUUCGAGGAGCUGCGGGUCCCCUCGGGGUCGCUCAUCCACGACAUCUGUGGCGACUGGAAGAAGCAGAAGCCGGUGCCCGUGCUGCUGGGCAGCUUGCUGAAGAGAAAGCUGCUGCCCAAGGCCACCCUGCUGGUCACCACGCGGCCGGGCGCGCUGAGGGAGCUGCGGCUCCUGGCUGAGCAGCCGGUCCUCCUCGAGGUGGAGGGGCUCUCGGAGCUGGGCCGGCGGCAGUAUUUCCUGAGGCACUUCGGGGCGGGGGCGCAGGCCCUGCGCGCCUUCGAGGCCAUGAGGAGCAGCCCGGCCCUGUUCCGCCUGGGCUCGGCGCCCGCCGUGUGCUGGGCCGUGUGCACGUGCCUGCGGCGGCAGCUGGAGCAGGGCGAGGACCCGGCCGCCGCCUGCCGCACCGGCACGGCGCUCUUCCUGCGCUUCCUGUGCGGCCAGGUCGCGCCCGCGGCCGCCCGCGGGCCCCUGCCGGCCGCGCUGAGGGCCGCCAGCGCCCUGGCUGCCGCGGGCCUGCGCGCGCAGACGUCCGCGCUGCAGGCGGGAGACCUGGAGAGGCUCGGCCUCAAGGGCUCCGCGCUCCGGCCUUUCCUGGACAAGGGCAUCGUGCAGGAGGACGCGGACUGCGAGGGCUGCUACGCCUUCGUGCACCUGAGCGUCCAGCAGUUCCUGGCCGCCGUGUUCUACGUCCUGGACGGCGAGGGCCGGGAGGACGCGGGCCGCCGCGCGCCGGACCUCGGCGACCUGCGGGCGCUGCUCUCCAGGGAAGCAAGACUGAGGAACCCCGACCUGACGGCCGUGGGCUACUUCUUGUUCGGCCUCUGCAACGAGCGGAGGGCCAGGGAGCUGGAGGCGACCUUCGGCUGCCGCGUGUCCGCGCGGGUCAAGCGGGAGCUCCUGGCGUCGCUGUCCGGCGCGGGGGCGCCCUUCUCCUGGACCGCGGACCUGCGGGAGGUGCUGCACUGUCUCUACGAAUCUCAGGAGGGGUCCCUCGUGGAGGAGGCCACAGCCCACGUCAGGGAACUGUCCCUGCAUCUGCGAAACGAAGUGGACCUUGCGCACUCCUCAUUCUGUCUCCAGCAUUGUCAGCACUUGCAGAAGGUUUCCCUGCAGGUGGCCAAGGGGGUAUUCGUGGAGAGCGGCCGCGCCUCAGGGUCAGGCUCGUGGGUGGAGAGGUCCCAGAAUGAUCAGCACGUGCUUUCUUUGUGGAUGGACCUUUGUUCCGUGUUUGACUCAAACAAGAAUCUGGUCUAUCUGGACAUCAGUCAGAGCUCCCUGGAUAGCCCAUCAGUUAGGAUUCUUUGUGAAAGAAUUGCCUCUGCUCCCUGUAAUCUCCAGAAAGUGGUCCUCAGAAAUAUUUCCCCAGCUGAUGCUUAUCGGAACUUCUGCACCCGUUUUGGCGGUUACGAGACGCUAACUCAUCUGACCCUUGAAGGAAAUGACCAGCAUGAUAUGCUUCCCACCCUGUGUGAGGUCUUGAGGCACCCAAAAUGUAAGCUGCAAUAUCUCAGGUUGGUAUCUUGUUCUGCCACCGCUCAGCAGUGGGCUGAACUCUCCUGCUGCCUCGAAACCAACCAGUCCCUCACGUGUUUGAACCUCACGGCAAAUGAGCUCCUGGAUGAAGGUGCCAGGUUGCUGUACUUGACUCUGAGAUACCCAAAGUGCUUCCUGCAGAGGUUGUCGUUGGAAAACUGUCACUUUACAGGAGCUUAUUGCAAGGAGCUCUCUUCUGCUCUGAUUGUCAACCAGAGGCUGACACACCUGUGCUUGGCCAAGAACGACCUUGGGGAUGGCGGGGUAAAACUUCUUUGUGAAGGUUUGAGUUAUCCCGACUGUCAACUACAGACUCUGGUGCUUUACUACUGCAACAUAACCUGCGACGGCUGCAUUAAUCUCUCAAUGCUCCUGCAACAAAACUCAAGCCUCACACACUUGGAUCUGGGGCUAAAUCACAUUGGAGUUACCGGACUGAAGUUUCUGUGUGAGGCUUUGAAGAAACCACUGUGCAACCUAAGAUGUCUAUGGUUGUGGGGAUGUGCAAUCACUGCUUUUAGUUGUGCCAACCUCUCAUCUGCUCUUAGCAGUAACCAGAACCUCGUCACUCUGGACCUGGGCCAGAACCCCGUGGGGUAUAGUGGAGUAAAGAUGCUGUAUGAUGUCCUGAAACUUCCAAGUUGUCCUCUCCAGAAGCUCAGGUUGAAGAUAGAUAAAUCUGAUGCUCAAACCCAAAAGCUGCUGAAAGAAAUCAAAGAGAGCAACCCAAAACUGACCAUUGAGAGAGAUGACCAAGAGCCAAAAAAUAACAGGCCUUCUUCUCAGGACUUCAUUUUCUGA